AUGUCUUCAUUGCAGUAUAACUUAGCAAGUCCUAUCGAGUUUCUAACACGGUUUUUCGAUCGAAAGAUCAACGAUUCUGUUGAUAUUGUCGAAGAAACCCCGGAAGAUGUUCAGAGGAGAUACUUGUUUAUGGAAUUUAUCAGCUCGGAGACCGAGUAUUUAGAGAUGUUGAAACUUUUUGAACACACGUAUUUGGCAACACUCAACAAAUCUGAUCAUAUCGCAUGGCAAAUGACUUUCCGAGUGGUCCAAAAUCUAGUUAAGGGACACGAGAAAUUGCUAGAACAGGUUUUCGGUUGGCUAGAGUUGCCCAUUUCAACUGAUGAUAAUAAAGCAGAAAUCAAUUGGGAACUCCAUGCUUCCCAUAUAGGCAACAAGUUCCAGUCUUUGAAUUCUUUGUCCAAUUUUAUCCAAGUAUAUGUCGAAAAAUUGCUUCUGUUAGAACCCCAUUACAAGGAUUACGUGUAUCAUUAUUCUCUUUGUAACACGUUCAAGAAACAUGGCAUAUUCAACGCGAAAUUAAUUAAACAAUUGUACCAAAUGGAACCAAUGUUGAAGAAAUUUCAACAGCAGCGGCUCAAUUCUCAAUGCACUGAUUUGUUUAGAAGGAAUAUUUCAUUCGAAUCACUAAGACACUUACCAAUCGCAAGGUUGGGUCAUUAUAAGGUUUUCUUUGACUCGUUUUUGAAGUCCAUUGAGUCGUUAAUCUUGCAAACAGACACAACUAUCGGAGAAGAUAAUGCUAUGGAUCUCAUGGGAAAAGGACAGAAAGGGGAAACAAAAUGUGGUUCUGCCGCAUUGAAAAUUCUGUCAGCUUUGAAAGAGGAGUAUGCAGUACCAAAGAAUUGGGAGUUAUUAAAAAUGUGCGUCAUAUCGGUACAACACAUGCUCUUAAGAGUUGAUGGGGUGAACUUCUCCAACUUGAUAGAUAAACCUUCGCAACGGAUCUCCAGUAAGCUCAAAUUCAAGAACCCCGACGAAUACGUCCCGGUAUCAGCACUUGGUGUUCCGCAAUUAACUGGAAUUCUAAACACUGUGUGGAUUGAAGUAAGUGAAGGUCAAAAACUAUGGAAUAAUACUGUCAGAUCCAUUGAUACUUGGAGAAGGAAAAGAGCAUUGUAUCCAAUUUUCCAACUAAAGGGUAAGCAACUUGGUGCUUUUCUAUAUAAAUCGUAUUUGGUUUUAGCAAGGAUUCCAAUGAUUCCAAUGACUGAACUUCAAACUAAUAGUGCGGCUGACGUUCAUUGGACUAUUAAGUUUGCCAUACCGUUAACGAAUUGUAAGUUGAUCCCGAUCGAUAAAGAACAGAAUAAGUACAAUGAAAUUGGAUUACAUGAGGAUACAGCUUCAAAAAUAGAACUGUUUAAAUUGGAAUGGUUCCUAUACGGUGAUAUAUUCGAGACCAUCUUUAUAUUUGAUAAUUCAUAUGAGUGCAAGCAGUGGUCUGAUGCAUUGCAAACGAUAAUUGAUUUGAAUGGCUUUACUUCAAAACCAAUGGAAGCUGACUCCGUAGAAAAUUAUUACCAGAUGGGUAACUCAACCUACGCUCCAAUUAGAAUUGCUCCAAAGUUAACAUUUGCAGAUGCAGUUUCAAAGACUCUUAAUUUAAAUAUAACGAGAAGACAGUACAGCUUAAUCAACCAUCCAGUACAACAUUAUUACUAUUAUACAAGUUUCAAAUUGAAUAUACGGUUUGAUGCAUUAAAAUCGGGCCCAACUAAUCAAAAAACUGGUAUUGCCUUCUCCAGGGAUAAGUAUUCUUUCCUCGAGAGACAAGUCUUUGCAUUACAGCACCCGUUCGAUUCAUUGCAGUCUCCAAGUAAGGCCAUUUCACUUUCAGAUAACUCUGAUUCCAAGGCCGAAUCGUCGACUAACACUGAUCCUUCUCUCGCUCUGACCAUACAAACAACACAGUCCUAUCCCUCAUCCUUUAAAUCAUCGAGAUCUUUUGUUUUAUUGAAGUCCAAAUGUUCGGAUAUUAAAUCUUUCUUUAAAGGAAGCAAUUGUUGA